UGUCAAUUGAGGGAAGCAGAGUUAACCAUAUGGUUCUUUGUACACUUUUUCUGGCAGAUAUAAGAGAAUCCCUUGUUUGAUAAGCAAAAUCUAUCGAUGCAACUCAAAUCAAAUGGCUGAGUGAAGUCCGAGAAAUUUCUGAGAUGUAUGUGGUGCCAGCAUACCAAUGGUGUAUAGGCAAACGGGCAGCAAGUCUUGCCCUUUUCUUCCCUCUUUAUAUACUACUAUCUUGCAAUCAUGCAUAAGGCCCCGCAGUGACUGUAAUCCUUCCCAUCCCCAAAUCAUUCAUUCCACCGUUGUCGUUUUCCUUCUCGUCUUUUAAGUUUUAAACUUUGAGGUUGCCUCAUUAUCAUCAUCACACACUGAUCAUUCAACUUGCUUGAAGAAAUGAGGGGCUGUCAAUUCUUGCUUUUUAUCUCAAUCAUGCACAUGCUAAAUUUGGUUUGCAUAACCAGCUGCAGGCCCCUCGUGCCAAAUGGUGGCCAUGCUUUUCACUCAGGGUCCUCAGGGACAGAGCAGAGUCCCCCGUCUUUGAACAAAAGCGUGAGCUUGGUGGACAAGGUCCCUCUCCCACCCGGCGGAGUAGGAGAGGAAGUAAAGAACGGAGGAGGAGGAGGAGGAGGAGGAGAAGAGAAGGAAGAAGUUAGCAGAAGAAUAGGAUCAAGUCCACCAAGCUGCGACCACAAGUGCUUUGGAUGCAUGCCAUGUGAAGCCAUUCAGGUGCCAACCACCCACGGCCGGGUGGGAGUGCAGUAUGCAAACUAUGAACCUGAGGGCUGGAAGUGCAAGUGCGGCCCUACCUUCUACACUCCAUAGACACAUAUAGCCCCACUUGCAGCUGAUAUGCUGAAGAGAAACUGGAUGCAAGCUUCAUUCCAUAAUGUAACCACCACUCUGAAGAAUCAAUAAUCUUAUUUGGAUAAACUCGGUACUGGUGGUUUUUCAACUUCUCAUUUGGUUUAAAUCACAUAAAGCUUUUCUCAUUGACACAGCUCUAGCAUGGGCAUAUGACCAUCAAGAUCCAAGCAGUUAGAUCUAAUAGAACGAACUCUCAAGAUCCCAAUAAAUCCAAGUAAAUUUUUCAACGCCUAACAAAUAGCUGG